CCCCCUCCUCCUCCUCCUCGCGAGGAUCCCGCGCCAGGAGCGGCCAGCCCCUGGGAUGAGGCUCCUGCUGCUGCUGCUGCUGCUGCUGCCCCCGGCCACCGGUGCGCGGGUGCGCAGGUGGGUGCUGGAGGGGCACACCUGUGCCCCGCCCUGGCAGGCCGCGCUGUUCCGGGGGCGCCGCUUCGUCUGCGGGGGGACCCUGGUGGCGCCCAGGUGGGUCCUGACGGCCGCGCACUGCCACGCCCCCGGCCCCAUCACCGUCCGCCUGGGCCGCCCCGCCCACCCCCAGGUGCGCCCAGGUGAGGCGGCGCCCAGCCCGGCCCCGGGGGCGGGGCCGGGCGAGGCCGCACCUGCGCCAGGUGAGCAGCGGCGGCUGUCGGUGCGCACCUUCCGCUUCCCCGGCUACAACGAGAGCUCCAAGGACGGCGACCUGAUGCUGCUGCGGCUGCAGGUGCCCGCGCACCUGAGCCGCCAGGUGAGCCCGCUGCCGCUGGCGCGCACCUGCGCCACACCUGGAACGGCGUGCCAGAUCUCCGGCUGGGGCUCCACCACCAGCCCCGAAGUGACGUUCCCGCAGGCCCUGCACUGCAGCCAGGUGCGGAUCGUACCUGAGCUCACCUGCCGCCGCAUCUACCCCGACUCCAUCACCCCCAACAUGGUCUGCGCCGGGGAGCCGCGCAGCCGCGCCGACACCUGCCAGGGCGACUCCGGGGGGCCCCUGAUGUGCAACGGGCGCCUGCAGGGCAUCACCUCCUGGGGGCCGGGGGUCUGCGGGGACCCCCAGAAGCCCGGGGUCUACGUCAACCUCUGCCGCUACGGCCGCUGGCUGCAGGACACCAUGGCCCACAACUGACCCAAAACCGGACGGAUUCGCCCCAAAAAGCCACGGAAACGCCCGAAAUCCUCAAGAUUAAAGAAAUGAUCCAGCCCCGAACCCCGGUGUGCGGGAUGGCAAAGGGCACCAAAAAUCCAGCCCCGAAAUCCCAGAAUUUCAUCCCAAAAAAUCCCCAGAAAUCCACCCCCAAACCCAAAAAAUUUCAUACCAGAAUUCCACCCCCAAAUCCCAAAAAUUCAUCCCAAAAAUCCACCCUGAAAUACCAAAAAUCCAGCCCAAAAUCCCAAAACUCCACCCCUAAAAUCCAGCCCCAAAGUCCCAAAAAUCCACAAAAUCCACCAGAAAGAUCUCCAACAAUCCACCCCCAAAUUCCACAAUUCCAUCCCAAAAUACCCAAAAAUCUAUCCCCAAAAUCCCAAAAUUGCAUCCUGAAAUUCCAUCCCAAAAUUCUACCCCAAAAUUCCAAAAUUCCAUCCCAAAAAUCCAACCAAAAAAUCCCAAAAUUCCACCUCAAAAAUUCCCAAAAAUCCACCCCAAAAAAUUCCCAAAAAUCCACCCUGAAAUCCCAAAAUUCCACCCCAAAAUUCCACCCCCAAAAUCCACCCAAAUCCACGCCCAAAAUCCCAAAAUUCCAUCCUCAAAAAUCCACCCCAAAAUCCCAAAAUUCCAUCCCAAAGAGUCCACCCCAAAACUGCUCAAAAUCCACCAGAAAAAUCCUGAAGAAUCCACUCAAAAAAACCAAAAAUUCCCAAAAUUCCAGCCCCAAAUCCCGGUGUCACGGCUGCCGCUCUGGCCGCUGCCUGCAGGACCCCACGGCCCAGAACUGACCCAAAACCGGACGAAUUUGCCCCAAAAACGGACGAGGCCACCCCAAAAAGCCCCGGGGGCCACGAGCCCAGAAACGCCCGAAAUCCUCAAGAUUAAAGAAAUGAUCCAGCCCCGAACCCGGGUGUGCGGGAUGGCAAAAGGCACCAAAAAUCCAGCCCCGAAAUCCCAGAAUUCCACCCCAAAAAUCCACCCCCAAAGCCCAGAAUUUCAUCCCAAAAAUCCACCCCCAAAUCCCAAAAUUUCAUCCCAAAAAUUCACCCCCAAAAUCCCAAAAUUCCACUUCAAAAAUCCAGCCAAAACCCCCAAAAAUCCACCCCCAAAAUUCCACCCCAAAAAUCCACCCCCAAAUCCCAAAAUUUCAUCUCCAAAAAAUCGCCAAAAUCCACUCCAAAAAUACUCAAAAAUCCAGCUGAAAACUGAAAAAUUCCAUCCCAAAAAUUCAGCCCAAAAUCCCAAAACUCCACCCCAAAAAUCCACCCCGAAAAUCCCAAAAUUCCAUCCUCAAAAAUCCACCCCCAAACCCCAAAAUUUCAUCCCAAAAAUCCACCCCCAAAAUCCUAAAAUUUCAUCUCAAAAGAAUCCCCAAAAAUCCACCCCAAAAAUCCAUCCCAGAAUCUCAAAAUUCCACCCCCAAAAUCCAGCUGAAAACCCCAAAAUCCCAACCUAAAAUUCCAUCCCAAAAUUCUACCCCAAAAUCCCAAAAUUCCACCCCAAAAAUCCAGCCCCAAGUCCCAAAAUUCUACCUCAUAAAACCACCCCCAAAAUCCCAAAAUUCCACCCCAAAAAUUCACCCACAAAUCCCAAAAUUCCACUGCAAAAAUCCACCCCCAAACCCCAAAAUUUCAUCCCAAAAAAUCCACCCCAAAAUCCCAAAAUUUCAUCCCAAAAUUCCACUCCAAAAUACCAAAAAUCCAGACCAAAAUCCCCAAACUCCACCCCAAAAAUCCAGCCCCAAAGUCCCAAAAAUCCACAAAAUCCACCAGAAAGAUCUCCAACAAUCCACCCCCUAAUUCCAAAAUUCCAUCCCAAAAAUACCCAAAAAUCUAUCCCCAAAAUCCCAAAAUUCCAUCCCAAAAUUCUACCCCAAAAUUCCAAAAUUCCAUCCCAAAAAUCCAACCAAAAAAUCCCGAAAUUCCACCCCAAAAAUCCACCCUGAAAUCCCAAAAUUCCACCCCAAAAAUCCACCCCCAAAAUCCCCCCAAAUCCACCCCAAA